AUAUAUCCACCAUCAACACGACGAAUCGAAUCAAUCAAGAUAUCAUUCGCGAUGAAUCUCGAACAUUACGCGAUAUUCAUAUUGCCUUUUCUCCUUCUUCUAUAUAUUCUUCACAAAAGUCGAAAAACGCGUCGUCUACCACCUGGUCCCUGGCAACUUCCUGUCAUUGGCUACCUUCCAUGGAUCGACGCGGAAAAACCCCACGAAACUCUGACGAGAUUGUCAAGAGUUUACGGCCCUGUAUGCGGAUUCCGCAUGGGCUCCGUCUAUACCGUUUUACUAUCAGAUCCUCAACUGAUACGCCAAUCGUUUGCAAAAGACUCGAUUACCAACCGAGCACCCCUCUACCUCACGCACGGAAUUAUGAAAGGUUACGGUAUAAUUUGCGCGGAGGGGGAACAAUGGAAGGAUCAAAGAAAAUUCAUCAGUAACUGUCUACGAAAUUUCGGGAUGGUAAAGCACGAAGGGGCGAAACGUGACAAGAUGGAGAAACGAAUAUCGGAUGCAGUAAACGAAUGCGUAUCAGUAGGCUAUAUCUAAUUAACUCUCUCUCUCU